CCUCUCUGUACACAAAGGUGGUGACAGCCGGCGCGUUACCUGAGUCGGACACACAGCGGCAUUUCUGUCCGUCCAGCUGACGCAAACAGGGAAAUGAUCCGGUGAAGACGCUCCAGGCACCAAAAAGCGAUUAAAACCGAUUAAAAACGGAACACUUGGAUCAGACAGAAGUGUCAAAGCGUAACAGCUGUCGCGAUGUUUGGAUCAGUGCGCAGGAGGCGCCUGGAGUUAUUGGAAUAAAACGUUGACGGUUCUGUAGGGUUUUUUUUUUCUCCUCCAGGACUCCUUAUUUUUCACUUCUUGGUUAUUCCUCCAUCGGGGGAAUGAGCGCACAGGAGCAGCACCGGCUGCGCGCCCUCUUCGACGCCUACGACGCGGACAAGUCGGGGCGGAUCGAGAGGGACGAGUUCCUCACCCUCUGCGCGGAGCUGCAGGUGUCCGGGAAAGAGGCCGACCGAAUAUUUAACCGACUGGACGUCGACAGCGACGGCACCGUGACCCUGCCGGAGUUCCUCAGUGGCUUCCAGGGCCGCUACGCAGAGGACAUGGAGCCGGAGGGGGGAGACGUGUCCGCCGCCUGGCAGAGCUUCGAGAUGAGACUAGGGGAGCAGGCCAAGUUCAUCCCCAGGACUGAACAAGCAGCCAUGUUGUACCAGAACAUCAGUCUGACUGAGCCCCGACUGAUCCACCAGUUCGAGAAAGUCAUCCUAAACUUCACCAAAGAGAUCAAACAGCAGAACUCAGAGAUGGAGAACCUGGUCCUCGCCAUCAGAAGAGCGCAGGACCAGGCAUCCAUGCAGCUCAGUGAAAUGGAAGACGAGAUGGACCAGCGCAUUCAUGCUGCGGAGAGAAAAACACGAGAGCAGGAGAAAAGGCAAACAGAAGCCGCACUGAGUGAGUUACGGAGAAGCUAUGAAACCGAAGUGUGUGAGCUGCAGUGUAAGAUCCAGAGGAUGCAGAUGAUCGAAGAGAAGUACAACAACAUCACUGUGAAAGACGAGGGUCCCGCGCUGAGGAAGAAGAUCAACGAGCUCACACUGGAGAACCAGCGGCUCAGACAGGAGCUGCUGAAGUCUCAGACCAAAGUGGCCUGUCUGCGCAGUGAGAUGGACUCUCUGAAGACGGAGCUGAGCGAUCAAAACAUCACCUCUGAACGAGACGAGGAGCUCAUGAAACACUUCUCAGAUGAGCGGGACAUCCUGGAGCGACAGAUCGAGAUCCUGCAGGCAGCCAACAGGAAGCUGAAUGACAGCAACGAUGGCCUGAGGGCGGCCAUGGAGAGGACCCACAGGUCCAGUAACGAUGGAUCACCAGCAGAACGAAGCAGAAGUAAAAGCAUCUGCUACACAUCCCCGCAUGCACUGACUGAUCGGUUUUGCCAGCGCAUGGAAGAUUUCCCCAUCUACAGCCGCCGACCCAGCUGUGACACUCUGGCCUUGGCCAUGUGUGACCCGGGCCUGAGGCACCGACGCGGCAGCGGGUGCGAGGAGGACAGCCUCCCCGAGGUCCAAAUGGACAGCGGCCUGUCGACGCUCACGCGUUCCCACGGAGGCUACGAGUCAGAGCAGGGGUUCAAAAGUCAAGAGGAGGAGGAGGAGGAGGAGAGAGAGGAAGAUGGCGAGGGGAAGAUAGAGCGGCCUGACAACAACGAGAGCCUCAGAGGAGGAAACUCCGACACUGAGCCGGCAGACAACCAAGACAGUGAGUCGGCAUUCGGGUCAGAAAGCAGCUCCGUUUUGGACUGGAAGCCGUCUGAAUCCAUUAGUGUGCCCAAAGUUCCAGCCCCGACCACACGAAGAGCCCUGAGUGCCAUCAGUGUCCAGAAGGUGGACAACAUGGACCUCGGCUACAUGACAUCAGAGAAGGCCUACAGGAUCGUAUUGGCUGGAGAGGCUGCUGUUGGAAAAUCCAGUUUCCUUCUUCGCCUCUGCAAGAACGAAUUCAAAUUAAAUUCCAGCGCUACACUGGGAGUGGAUUUCCAGAUGAAGACUCUAGUUGUGGAUGGAGAGCCUGUUUUACUACAAAUAUGGGACACAGCGGGACAAGAGAGGUUUCGCAGCAUUGCAAAGUCGUAUUUCCGCCGGGCGGAUGGUGUGUUGCUGCUGUACGACGUCACCUGUCAGAAGAGCUUCCUUAACGUUCGAGAGUGGGUGGACAUGAUAGAGCAGGAUGUUUCCCAGGAGGAUAUUCCAAUCAUGCUUGUGGGUAAUAAGUGUGAUCUUAGACCAGAUAAAACAAACUGUGUUCCUACCAGCUAUGGAGAAAAACUGGCUAUGACGUACAACACUCAGUUCUGUGAAACUAGUGCCAAAGAUGGCUCCAACGUCCUGGAGGCUGUGCUGCACCUGGCCAGGCAGGUGACCAAAAAGGCUGCAUUUGAGGACAAAGGUUACGGUCAGUCGCUGCCUAACCUGGAUGCUCCCAGGAAGAAACCAAACUUCAACUGCUGCACCUAAUCAGAUGCAUCAGAGCUGCACCUCCUCAUAGGGGAUUCAUGGACUACAACAUGCAGAAAAACUGCUGAGACAGAAAUGAGACGUCAUCUCUGUAAAAGUAAAGCGGAGCAAAUAACAAAACAAAGACAAAGAAAAUCAUCAUCGUGAAUAACCAAAAUAAUAAUAAUAAUCUUGUCAUAUCAGUUCAGAUUUUUAUUUAUUUUUCUGGCAAUUGUGAGGAUACUACAAUUUCAAAAGAGAAAGAGCAUAUUAAUGAAGUGACAAGUAUGUGAGACAAAUACCUGCAUGUGAUGAUUAUAGCUCAUUAUAAUGUGAAGUUAAUAAGGCAAAUAGGACUAUAUUAUUAUUAUUAUUAUUUUAACUGUGGCACUUUUCUAAUUUCUCCAAAGCUCUGCUAUCAGCAGCGCUUGCGUUUGGUGUUCGCGUCAUCAAGAAUGUCAAACUAUAUUACAUGGAGACGUGGAGAGACUAAGAAUUAGUGGAAAACUACAAAAACAAGAGCUUCCAUUUUGUUCAAGUACAAUGAACCCUGGUGCAAUGUUUACUGUAUGGUUACAUACUUUAUGCUGAUAUCACGAUCCACUGUCCACAGUGUUACAUUUAUUUUCCUUUGACUUCCUUUGACGUCUGUUAUAUAAGUUGUAUGAUCGAUGAUGAUGAUGAUGAUGAUCAAUAAUGAUCAAUGUGUUAUAUAACAAUCAAUUUUAUUUUCUGCAAAGAGAGGAUUCUGCUGAAGUAGUAUAACUGCAGUGUAUACAAUAAUCAACAUGCUUCAAAUGCAGCACCUGAAACUACUCAGCACUAAACAUAACUCAGUUUGGACUUAGGUACCUAAUGAUAGAUAAUGCAUGUUGAGCUUCACUUCAAAUGUUAAAUGAAACAGAUAAAUGAAAGGACCAGACAUAGUCACAUGAUCACAUAUAUUAGAAACUAUGUAUAUGUAUGUAAUAUACAUAAACAUCAAAUAUUCCUUUUUCAGUAUUCACCCAAUUACUAACAAAUGUAGGACCACACGUUUAGUUUGGAUAUAUCACAGACAUUGGAUUUUUAUUUACAGAUCUAAUCAUGAAAACAUUACUCACGGUCCAUGAAGGAGGAAAGUUUGACAUAAAACCAAGUGGGGAAAUGUCUCGGCUUCGAAGCAACCUACAAACCUCAGCGUUGACUAAAAACAAUGCAAAGAAACAAUUUAAAGUAUUUCUUUACUUUUUCUAUCAUCAUCAAAAUCCAUCUGAAGUAUUUAAGUAAAAUCGUAUCGUGGGGUUAUUAUGAACGUUAACACAGGCAGCCUUAAGGGGGAGGAGUCAAUCGUCCUUUAACCAUCAGCGGUUCCUCCUGUCUCCACGUCCAAGUGUCCAAGUUGGUCCCCGAGUUUUAAUUUCAUGUAUGUUAUGUGUAUGACAAUUAAAAUAAAGUUGAAGUUAGUGCUUCUUAUAACCUAU